GAGGAAUAUAGAAGGGAGAGCUCCAGGCUUUCACAUAGGACUACUACAGUAUUGCAGUCUUCCUCCCCCCCCUUUGAAGAAGCUGCUCUGCUUUCCAGCUCUCCUUGUCUUCUUGUUUGGACAGUGCUGCUGCCUGGCACCUAUCUUUCCUCACCUGUCUAGCGAGGAGGAGGAUAAGGAGGAGGAUAAUUGUCUGGAGAGGAGGACAGGCAGAGGGAAGAGAACAGCAGGACCGGGGCUGCAGUGGCGUGGAGCUCCAUUGAUUGGGACUGGCUGUACCUGGAUUGGGAGAUCGAAAUAGCCAGAGAGAGGAGGAGAAGGAGGAGGAACGGGGAGGGAGGACAGGAGGAAGGCAGAGGUAGAGUGCCACGCAAGGAGUCGGUGUGGGAAGGCAAAACAAAGACCGUGACCGGGAGAAUGUGAGGCAAGGCAGCAAAAGGAUUGGAAAACAGAAAAGAAGGGAUUGAGAAGACAAGAAAAUGUGUUUAUAAGAGAGAGGGAGAGGGAGAGCUCUUGGAUGAGAACCAGUGCAAUACAAUUGUUUCUGUUUGGAUGCUCUUUUUUUCUUUUCACCCUUUCAUCUCUCUUUUUAUCUUGUCCUUGUUUUCGCAUGCACUGCUGUUUACCCUGCUAUAUCUCCACUACCAUCCUCCCAGUCAGGGGUCCUCAUAACUUUCUCUCCAUCUGGGGAUGUUUGUAACUUAGGGAAUUCUUUCCAUAUACCCAGCUAAUACAUUCACAGUUCCAUAUGCUGAGCUAACACAUCUAUUAUUUAACAUGCUUCAUCUGUAAAGAAAACAUUCAUCGACUGCAGCUCGACUCUGCUGUGCCCGGCACCCUCCUUGGUGUUGGGGAGCGUUUGAGCUUCGCAACACCAGCAUUCGUUUAGAAGUCAUUGUUGUGUGUCUGUGUCAUGAACUGAAAUUUAGUCAAAUAGAUCAAUGUCCUGGGGUCCACUGGGAUAGGCAUUAAAGGAGAACUGGGUGAUAAUUUGACCGUACUGGUUGAAUGUCGACAAGCUAAACCAGUGAUCCGUUUGAGCCAGAAGUAAACCCAGCAAUCAGCUCUAGACUCAAGUCAGCGAUCAGUCUGAUGCUAAGCCAGAGAUAAGUCUUAGUUUGAAUUUUAGCCAGUGAUCAAGUUUAAGUGUUUGUGCUCGAGCUUAGCUUAGCCUCUGUUUGAGCAGAGGGUUACUUUGCCCCCGAGUGGGGAUAGAGUUUGGAGCCCCAGCGUUGUGGGGAUAGACUGGCCCCUGGCCUAAGUGGUGUGUGAUAAUUUGGCCCCUGUGGCCCCUGGUCCUGGCAGCCGAUGCGUCGCUCCAGCACGGCCGAGUCGCCCUACCGCCGCAGCCCGUCCCUGGACAGCAACAGCAAGCCGGGCUCCCCGCCCCUGCACUCCACAUUCCGCCGCUACAGCAGUGACUAUGAGUACAGCAGCACGCCGUUUGGCUUCGGCAUCCACACGGCCCCCAAACCCGGGGCCCAGGCCACCAAGGGCCGCUACGCCAACGCCCAGGGGAAAAAGUAUGUGGUGUUUUACCUGGACCUGUCCUUCAUCUUCCUCCUAGAGCUCCGCCACUGCAGGAUGGCCAAGGGCUGCCUCACCGGCCUGCGCUAUGGCAUGGUCUUCUUCAACCUUCUCUUCUGGUUGGGAGGCUGUGGGAUCCUGGGGGUGGGGGUCUGGCUGUCAGUGACACAGGGAAACUUCGCCACCCUCUCCUCCUCUCUCCCCUCCCUCUCCGCUGCCAAUCUCCUCAUAACUGUGGGGGCCAUCGUCAUGGUGAUCGGUUGCCUGGGCUGCAUGGGCGCCGUCAAAGAGAGUCGCCCCCUGCUGUUGAGUUUCUUCAUUCUGCUUCUUCUGAUCUUCCUCCUAGAGAUUCUGAUGAUCAUCCUCUUCUACGCCUAUCAGGAGAAGAUAGACCGCUAUGCCCAGUCUGAUCUGAAGAAGGGCCUUCAGCUGUUUGGGACUGAAGGCAACGUGGGCCUGACCAACGCUUGGAGUAUUGUACAAACUGACUUUCGCUGCUGUGGAGUGACCAAUCACACAGACUGGUUUGAAGUGUAUAAUGCCACCCGUGUGCCGGACUCCUGUUGCCUGGAGUACAGUGAUAACUGCGGCCUGGAGAACCCCGGGACCUGGUGGACUGCUCCCUGCUAUGAGCGGGUGAAGGGAUGGCUGCAGGAGAACCUGGUGGCUCUGUGGAUCUUCGCCCUGUGUACUGGGCUCACCCAGAUUCUGGGGCUGGUCUUCUCCAUGACGAUGUUCUGCCAGCCUGUCAAACCCGAAACCUUCUACGCCUAGAUCAUCCUGACACCACUGCUUCAGCACCAGAGGGAAGAACUCCGAGGGGUUUUAUCAGGAACACUUCCUGGAGGCUCGCUUUUCCUUUUCAUCACCCGUUGCUCUUUUCCUCUGUUGUCCAUCUCGGAUCUUUCCGGAGAGCCUCUGUAACAUGUUCACACACCACCCUGCGGCCUAUGUGUGAUGCCAUAGCAGCCACUCAAUGGUCUGCACCCCCAGUCCAAGACAGCUGCAGCCAGGGUCUGCCGGGCCUUGUUUUCACCUGAAAUCAGCAACCGAUUCAGACCCAAGAAAAGUGGUGAAAUCGGUAAACCGUGUAACAAACUGUGUUAACAUUAGCUGCUGAGAACCUGUACCCCCCCCCCCACCCCCCCCCCUAGGACCACAGUUGCAGACCCACACAGCAUAACAAUUAGCUUUUAACAUUUCCAUGAUGUCAGUGUAAUGCAACAUAAAAACAUGAACUCCGAGCUCUUCUGGAGUGAAAUUAAUAUUAACAGGGAGCAAGGUUUGUAUAGAAACAAUACAGGAAUGUAAUAUUAACUAAGGUAUUUUGACAUUUCACAUAUUUUUCAUCUGAUUUCCUAUUAGAGCUGUUUCUUCCGCAGCAGUGCUUUUAAUAAAACACAUUUCAAAUGAUGACAUUAAACACAGACUAGCACUACAUCUACCUUUGAAAAAAGUGUGAAUAUCAAAAUAAAUAAUAUCGGACAUGCAAAUAUGUUUAAUAAGUGCAAUAUGAGAUUGUUGACCCAUGCCCCUGGAGAGCAGUCUCAUCCGUUUGAUAUGUAUAGACACUCUGAGGCCAAACAGGGCAUCUUUGGUGGAAGGGUAAUGAAAUAUGUACAUCUGCAUUGAUUAAACUUUCUGCAUUGAUUACUUUCAUGAA